GGAGCGUCCGCGCUGCAUUCGUGCUUUGCCAAAUAAGGAAAUGUUACCGUGGCCGAGCGCGCGCUGACGCUGAGCUGUGCGCGACCAGGCGCCAGAUUCUACUGGACUUUGACUAGAUUGCGAACUAAUACCCGAGCGACCGCUGACGCACCUCUUGACUCAUCUCUCUGACCAUGGACUCUUCGGAACUCUUCUACGUUAAGCAACAAUUCCUCCUCGGUGCGUACAAGUCGCUCGUCGACCUGACGUUGCCCGACCCGAACUCGCCUGACUACACACCAACGCUCGUGUACAAGGCCCGGGCCUACAUCGCUCUGGACGACCCCAAACCUGUGCUCGACCUCGUCCCCGCAGACGCGGAGGACGUCUCUCUGCGGGCUGUCUCUGCCUUGGCACGCUACACCGGCGCUACGAGCCCGGAGGACAGGGAGGCGUCACUCGAGGAAUUGCGCGACCUGUGCGUCGAGAUCGAGGGCGAGGACGCGGAUGCGACGCCCAAGGAGAAGGGCGUCGUGCGUGUGCUCGCGGGCACCGCCUUCGCGCUCGCGAACGAGGUCGAGGAGGCCCUAGAGACCCUCGGCGUCGGCACGAACACGGACAACCUCGAAGCCGUCGCGCUCACGGUGCAAAUAUACCUCUCGAUCAACCGGCCCGACCUCGCGCGGAAGGAGUUCGAGCGCGCGAAGAGGUGGGCGGGCGACGACAUGCUCGUGCAGUUCAUCGAGGCGUUCAUCGGCAUGGUCACCGGCAAGGACGGCUACCAGGACUGCAACUCGUUCUACGACGAGCAGCUCGGCAACCCGUCCCUCACGUCCCCGCACCUCCUCACCGCGCGCGGUGUGACAAGGCUCCUGCGCGGCUCGGUCACAGGCGCGAAGUCCGACUUUGAGGAGGCAGUGUUGCAGCGCGGUGGCAAGCCCGACGCGGAGACACUCGGUGCAAUGACGGUUGCUGCUGGUCUGAAUCAGUCAAAAUCGAACGAAGCAGAACAAUUGUGGACGUAAGUUCAUCUUCUCUCUCUCAUCUGUUAGGCCCCUGUUGCAUGAGAAGCCCACGGGCGUGGGAUGUCAGACAUCCACUUCAGUGAUCCGCUUCUCUGCCGUUGAACUUCAGGUUCCCUCCCUCGGUCUGGUUCGCUCUCGAUGCGGCUGAGGGUGGUACGACAUUGAUCGGAACAUUGAGACCAUAUUCCGUUCAUGCGUCGGGGCCUUAACGCCGUGGAGUUGCCUGUCAGUAUCGACUUCAAUGUGUCGCUGACUCGUUCCUGUGUCGUUCAUAGCCAACUCAUUACGGAACACCCGG